AUGGGGCGUAAUCUUUUGAUGAGUAGUUUAGAAAAUGCAUCAUUUAAUAUCAUCCUUCAAAUAUUUUUCAGGUGUGUAACAUUCAUUAUAAAUGCCUGGGUAAUAAGGAAUGUAGGACAUGAAGUUAUUGGUAUAAUGAAUGUUAGACUCCUAUUGUUAGAAAGUACUAUAUUGUUUUUAAGCCGAGAACCAUUUCACAGAGCAUGUUUAGGGCAAAAAGACAACUGUUCAUGGAAUCAAAUAAUAAAUCAGACUUGGCUAUCAGUUCCAAUGAGCUGUUGUUUGUCUUUAGUAUUUGUGUACAUUUGGUUGAACAUCUUACCCUUGGGUCAUCCAGAACUUGCAGCACAGUAUACAUUUGGUUGUUGGAGUGUUGCAUUUUCUUGUGUCUUGGAACUUUGUUCAGCAAAUAUGGCACUUGUAGCACAAUUAUUCUGUUUUGUCAAGUUAAAGGUUGUAUUGGAUACAUUACAUAUAUUUGUUCGAACAAUUUUAUUUUUAUCCAUUAUUAUUUAUGAUAGAUCAAUGGCACUGAUAGCAUUUUCUAUAGCGCAAGUUGGUAGCAUUGCAGUGAUUGUUAUUGCAUAUUAUUGUUUCUUUUAUUGGUACAUUAAAAGCAAACCGCUUUAUGCUAAAGGAGCCCUUAAAAGUAGAUUGGUUCCAGAUAGUGUUUUACAGAAACUUUACAGCAAUAUGGAUGACUUCAACUUUGAGUCUCUCAGAGAUUUCUUACCUAAAUACUUAGGUUCAAUAAAUAAUACCUUUGAUAAAAAAUUGAGUACAUUAACUGUGAGCUUUGCUAAGCAGGGUGUUGUGAAACAGUUAUUAACUGAGGGAGAGAAAUAUGUCAUGUCUGCAAGCCCUGUAAUGUCUUUUAGUGAACAGGCAACUUAUGAUGUUGUAAAUAAUUUAGGUAGCUUAGCUGCACGAUUUGUUUUCAGACCUAUUGAAGACAGUAGUUAUUUUUAUUUUACUCAAAUGUUAAAUCGGGAUCUGCCUUUGCAUAAACAAGAUCAGCAUAAAAUUCAAGAGUCAUGCACAGUGUUAUCACAAGUGUGCAAAACAGUUAGUUCAAUAGGAUUAAUUGUUCUUGUGUUUGGUCAAAGUUAUUCUUGCACUUUACUCACAUUGUAUGGUGGUCAGGCAUUCGUAGCUAGUGGUUUGCCAGUUCAACUGCUUAGGAGUCACUGCUUAGCAAUAGUUUUAAUGGCUAUAAAUGGUAUUACUGAAUGCUACACUUUUGCUACUAUGACCAGUGGGCAACUAAAUAGUUACAAUUAUUUAAUGGUAUUUUUCUCCAUAAGUUUUUUACUUUUAUCUUAUAUUCUUACUUAUAUUUUAGGUCCUGUUGGUUUUAUAAUAUCUAACUGUAUUAAUAUGUUAGCAAGGAUAAUCCAUAGUAUACAUUUCAUAAAUGAAAAAUAUAAAGAUACUGAUUAUAGGCCUUUAAGAGGGCUAUAUGUUGGUAAAUUUUUUAUAGUUACUUUAACUAUUGCAGGAAUUAUUUGUAAAUUAUCUGAAGAUAAACUAUUUAAAACAAACAUGCUAGCUCAUUUAGCAAUAGGCAUUUUAUGUUUUAUCUGCGUGUUGAUUGCAUGGGGAUAUGAGAACAGAGAACUUAUUGUCAAAACAUAUAGAAAGAUUUUCAAAAAAGAAGAUGUAAAGGUUUCACAAGACUAGCAUUCGGUUAUCAAACUAUUAUAAGCCUGUUAUUAUGUAUACCUACCAAAUGUAAUUUGUAUGCAAAAGGGUAAUAUUUAAAAUAAAGUGUCUACUUUUAAGUAGUGUAAAUCUAAAAGAGAGUUAAUAAAAGUUAAUUAAAUAGUAAUAUAACAUAGAUUUAUUUAAAAUUUUAACAUAAUCUGUACAUGAUUAUUGAAUUUAAUGUAAUAAAUGCACCCUUUCUUAUUUACAUUGGGUAAAAGAAAA